GAGCAAACUGAUUACAGGAUCAUAUUUUGAUUGAAUUUCGCUCGCUCUCUCGUUUCGUCGUACACUGGAUGCGAGUUCCUGCUCACUCACACGCAUAACUUUCCCAGCAUCAUCCACCCUCAUCACAGGCUCGGGUGGAAAAUUAUUACCGGUUUUAUAUCGGUUUUCAUUCAAUUGUAUUCGUCUCUCCACGCAUCCAUCCUCUCUCGCUCUCCGUAGCUUUUCCGCGCGGCACGAGUUCCUAAACAGCUGAACGGUGGAGGAUCGCAGGCAAAGUGUCGUGCGCCCGUCGCCAGCAUUCUCGCUAUAAUCGCUGUCAUCCCUCCAUGAUAUCAUCCGCACAUACUCGCAGAUGGCAACGAUGAUGAUGAUGCUGAUGAUGCUGUCGAUGAUGAGGACUUGAACUCUGAAUGCGGAACGCUGGCAAUUGGAUAACACGACCCGACCAACACAGCGUGUGCGAGGGACCGCGCUGGUUGAUUCCAAUCGUGAACGUCGUCGCGGAUAGACGUGUUUCGGGCCUCGAACAGUGUCGAGAGUUCUGCGUUUGAAUUCACCUCCGUGUCGAAGAGUCAGGUGUUCGCGAAAUCGGAUUCGAUGCUCUUUCAACGGAAGUGUUUGAUAUUGUGAUUCUGUGUGUCACGACAAAAUUGUAGCCGAAAAAUCUGUUGUGAGACCUUCCGGUAAAAAUUAAAAGAAUUGUGCAAUUUACCCCAACGAAAAUUGAAAAUUCUAUUCGUAGUUGGAAAACUGUGCAUGUACAAAAACAUAGUUAGACAAACAGCAUUUUGUGUAAUUGAUUGGUGAAGUGUGGCUGCAAAUUGCAAAUUGAAUAGAGAAGUGCAUUUCUAAAAUCGGAAAUUUAAACAUUGAUUAGACAUACACGUAUUUACGAAGUAACGGAACAUCUCUCCAGGAUUAUAGUUAAGCAGGCCUAAGCCUGCUGGAAGCAUUCAAAAUUUUCACGGACGGGAAUAAGCUGGGUUCCGCAACAGCGGGUCGUGGAAUGUUUUGCUAUCACUGUCCUCCAUCACUGCAUCCUGCAGGACCCCAUCCGCCACGGUUACCUACGCUUGAGUACCCGUUCGCACCGACCCAUCCAUACACCAGCUAUUCAUACCAUCCCGCUAUCCACGACGAAAGUUUCGUCCGAAGGAAACAGCGACGAAACAGGACAACCUUCACACUGCAACAGUUGGAAGAGCUGGAGACUGCCUUCGCCCAAACCCAUUAUCCAGACGUAUUCACCAGAGAGGACCUAGCGAUGAAAAUCAACCUUACCGAGGCCAGAGUUCAGGUCUGGUUUCAGAAUCGACGAGCCAAAUGGCGCAAGGCCGAGCGCCUGAAGGAAGAACAGAGGAAACGGGGCGAUGGUUCCGAUCCGCAGUUAUUGAAUGACAAGUUGGAAACCGACAGUCGUGAUUCAAGCCCGGACAUAACGGGCGAUGUGGAUGAUGAUGAUAUGCGUAGCUCCAGUGCGCCACCCAUGAGUCCGAGGGUUGAUUCGGAGCCCGACAGACCACACUCCGGUACUCAUAUACAUUCGAUGACACAAUCUGGGUCUAACAGUGCUGGGACACCGUCACCUGGAUUGAAAUACUCUCAUCAAGCGGAACUAAGUCCCACGCCCUCCACUUCGGCUGACUCUCCGAUCGAGGUUGGAGGGCCCAUUUCCCUCACAACGUCAACACGUGCUUCAACGGAAGAUUCCAGUCCUUUGCCAGCUGUCAGCACAAAUGGGUCCAGCUCCGUACCCACCAGCAGCAGUUCGCACAAUUUCAGCAGUCAUCUCUUCGGCAGCUUCAGCGAGAGCAACGGAGGAUUCCGCCCGGUGCUAGAUAAUGGCCAGCCAAGAACUACCCCACCGUUGUUUCUGCCACCACAUUUGGCCUCGCUUGGAUCGCAAUUUGCACCACCACUUUUUCCAAAUUUGAAAGGUACCUCCACCCCCACCUGCACAUCAUCGUCCCACUCGAUGGCUACGACGGGAACGACUCACAGCAGCGCGCUUGGUGCAGCCGAUCCCCGCUCAUCCUCCGUUGCGGAGCUUCGUCGGAAGGCUCAGGAGCAUUCCGCUGCACUUCUGCAUUCGUUACAAGCGGCUGCAGCCGCCGGUUUGGCUUUCCCCGGAUUCCAUCUGCCUCCCCUAUCGCUGCACAAUGCCCUCAACAGCGGCCGUAAGCCAUCCGAUUUCAUUAGCGACCUGUCGAUGCACCAUCAUCUGAGCAAUCAUGUCACCGGGAUGGCAUCGACACUCGGAACUCCUACCAUGAACAACAACAACAAUAACAGCAUCAACAUCAACUCGAAUACCGCUAGCAACGCUUCCAGCGAACGGGAAUCAUCACCCCGGCGCAACGGUGACAAAUCCGUCAGCGAUUAAUUGGAGGAUUAGCAGAUCUCGCUCGAUUGUGAUGCUGCUAGUCUUGUGUUGGUGAUUUUGUGUAAAUACUUAAAUACCGAUUGGAAUAGAACCUUUUCUCCGAUCAAAUGGAUGCGCUAAUUAUAGAAGCAUAACGCGUAGUGAGAGUAGGUUAUGAACACUUCACGACAACUUGCAAUAAACUAGUACUAAGUGAGAUCAAUAUGCUUACCCAUCAUUACUUAACAUAGUUCUUUAGAAAAAAAUGCUAUCGGAUAGAUAUCUAGUAGAUAUAGGAUUGAUGUAACCGUAGCCAAAUUGCGAAUACUCUAGACCUCCCCGAGUAGGUGCGUAAUUCCACACGCAAAAUAUUCUAUAUUGUUCGUCGAGAUUGUUUUUUGUAAAUAUCACAAACACUGUCUAUAGCACACAUACACACCAAACGGAAUCAAAACUAGCGUUCAAAAAUAUAUACGAGAAAAAUAAGAAUGUACAAUAUAAACUAAUAAACAGUCGCCAUUCACCCUGGUGUAAGUAAAACAUUAUUGUAGUAAACUGCGAGCGCUGAGGCUCGGCUUGUUCGAAAUUCAUUAACUGCAUUUAAAAUGAACUAUGAAAUUAUAUGCCAUUUGGUGAAAUAAUAAAAAUCCAAUUAGGAGAAUAGACGAUGUGAUUUUUCUAUUAUUAUCCGAUGAACUGGUUCCACUGGUAAUGUAAUAAUAUUCACG